UGGGCGUCACAGCGGUCUGGCCCGUGCCUCUGGUGUUCCCGGUUUGAUCCCGACCUCUGGCGCUGUCUGCGUGGUGUUUGCACGUAUCCUCUGUGGCUGCACGCAUUUCCCCUGGUUGUUCCCAGAAGCCUGCAGGCAACGAGGAACCUGAGACCUGGGACAUCGCUCUGCGGGAGCCAAUGAAUCCUCUGUUGCGUUUACCCACUGUCGUUCUCCUAUGUGGUCUCUUGCAUCCAUCUGUGGCCCCGUCCACGGACCGAUCCACCCUGGUGACAUCCUGCGACAUCUGUGGUGGCAGCUACCCUCUCCCAGGGUUGCUGGAGGACACCAACGAAACAUUGAACCAGAGCCUGGAGGGCAGCUCCGAAGGGGACACUUCCACCAACGCAAGCAUCUCCCUCAAUGGCUCCUUCACCGCUCUCGACAUGACAGCAGAUCAGGAUGGAGAACGGAUUAUCAGCUCAGUGGCAGAGGUGGGAAAGCCAGGCACAUUGGUGACCAGCUCAACACAGGCUGUGAAUCUGACCACCAAGCCUUGGCCUGGUAUGGAUCAUGACAGCCCCAACAUGACCCAACCAUCUGCGGCCCCCUCUGUCAUGGCUUCCCCGUCAAAGGAACACCUGACAACCCUGCUGGCAGGACCAACUACAGUAAGAACUGAAGGGUCCAGAAACCUUCCCACCAAACUAGUUUCAGGUCAGAGAUAUUUCAAACCCGGGGAGGCUGAGCCACAAGGGAAAACCCUGGGGAUCUUUGUCGGCCUGCUGGUGGUCCUGAUCCUGGUCCUGGGACUGGUCUACCUGCUCUAUAACAAGUCUCAGAAGCAUGACCCCUUCUCACACCAAAGGCUCUACAACACCGAUCCAGUUCUCAGCCUGGAUGUGUCCAUGGAGCCGCCGGAUCGAUUCUACGGUAGCUUGGGCCCCGCGUUUGGCAGCGAGUGCCCGGGGGAUCGUGUGACGCCACCGAAAGCCUUGAACCAGGCACCGGAGGGCGCUGGGGACCCGCCGUCCAAAGCACUGAGCAGCAGCGGGAUUCAGCUCAAACCCGUGCCCAAUAGCUCAGUGAAAAUCUAUCUCUAAAACCCUUCCUUGUUUCUUUCAGUUAGAAGUAUACGCAAAUAAACGCAAUGUUAACACUU